AUGCCAGCCUUCUCGGCUUUCAGCCAAGCCGCCUCAGCGGGCAAACACAUCGAACUGCGCUCUGACAAUGCAUACCUCCAACAUAUCGUCGACGCUACCAACUCCGUGCUCGAACGCACCGGGCUGGCUCUACCGAUACUCGCCCUCACGCUCCUCUUCCUCACUGUCAAGUACCACAAUCGUGUCAUUUUUGCCAAGGCGCCGCGAAGUGAGCUAUACUAUCCGCCCGCGAAACCUCUCAUCGGUCACACGCUCGAGGCUAUGAAGUUCACCGAUGGAAUUCUCGACUGGUUCCUUGAGCAGACGCGCAAUCAUCCUGUGGGCUUCUCCGUAUCCAUCGCCGGCACGGGCUCUGGCCAGAUGCACAUCGUCCACCGCCCAGAGUACAUCGAGUACGUGCAAAAGACCAACUUCGAGAAUUACGAGAAGGGAUUGGCCUUCAAGGUCCGCUUCGCCGAUCUGCUAGGCCAGAACGGAAUCUUCAAUUCGGAUGGCCACGUGUGGAAGGGGCAGCGCAAGAUGGCUUCGCACAUCUUUUCCGUCUAUCAGUUCCGCACCUGGGUUCAAACCGUCGUGCACCGGGAGCUCGACAGUGUACUGGGCAUUCUCGAUGGCCUGACCGACGGCAGGACAAGCAACAAUCCAGCCACCUUGUUGCUGCCCGACCUCUUUUUCCGAUACACCCUCUCGUCCUUUGGAAAGAUGGCUUUCGGUUCCGACAUUGAUUGCCUCAGCCCAGAUCCAAGCUGCCUCCAGCACGAGGUCGAGUUCUCGAGCGCCUUCGACUUUGUGCAAAUGGUCAUCGACAAGCGAUUCCGCACGCCCAUGUGGCAGCUUGUCGAACGUCUCACCUCCGAGGGACGAAAGAAUGCCAGGAUGGUCAAGAAGAUCAACGACUUCUCCCGUAACAUCAUCGAAGAGCGCCUGCGAGAUAGGGAGGCAGGAAUACAGAAGGAAAAGAAGGGCUCGGAUGGCAAGGAGGGCAAGGACCUGCUCGACCUUUUCAUGGACGUCACCACGGACCGCGACGACCUCAUCUCGGUCGUGCUCAACUUUAUCAUCGCUGGUCGUGACACGACUGCCCAGGGCCUUUCUUGGCUGUUCUACGAGCUUAUGAGGAACCCGCAGUACGUUGACAAGAUCCGCGCUGAAAUUCGAAGCGUCCUCGGCGAGGCCGACGGCAGCAUCCGGAAGCUCGACUACGACACCGCAAAAGAUCUCGUAUUCACUCAGGCGUGCUUCAACGAAGCCAUCCGUCUGCAUCCUCCUGUCCCCAAGAAUGGCAAGCGCGCCAUCAAAGACGACGUGAUCGUGCCUCAAGGUCCGACAGCUGCCGGUCUGCCGCCCAUCAAGAUCUAUGCCGGCGAAUUGCUGUCGUGGUCCGACUGGGUCAUUGCUCGCAAUCCCGACGUGUGGGGGCCUGACUGCUGCGAGUUUAACCCGAUGCGCUUUAUCGAGUCGACCAAAGGCCAAGAUGGCGUUGAGACGCGUUCGCUCAAGAACUACGGCCAGUGGAAGUUCCACGUUUUCAACGGCGGGCCGCGUCUCUGUCUAGGCAUGACGUUGGCCAACUACGAAGCAUUGAGCAUGGUUGCGGCCGUCAUCAACCGAUACGACUUCGGAUGGGGCACCAAAGCGCAAGGACAGACGGCGGACUGGCCGCUCAAGUACCUGCCUUCGGUCACGCAUCCUUGCCAGAUGUACACAGCCACUGUAGUACGUCGCGAAGAGUCGACGUAG